AACUGAGGAUCCACCCAUAUUCAACAGCAAAUCAGUUCAGUGACACUAUCAGACCACAUAACUAAAAUUGUGUUUUUACAAAGUUGAAAUUAUGUUGAACUCUGAUGAAUUUGAAAUUCAAGAUGAUGGAGAUGUUUAUCCUCUAACUCCAAGGAUGAUCAGGUUUAAUAUCAGAGAUGAACUGAGAUUUAGGCCCUCUCGACUGGCAGCUAUAUUUCUUGGAGUCCUAAGUGCUGUAUUUCUUUUUGUUAUAAUAGGACUGAGUGCUUACAUUAACAAGGUGAAUGACAAACAUGACAUCUUGUCUCUCAACUCAUCAAUCAUCAGCUCUCAACUUGCUCAGCUGCAGUCAGACAACAGAAAUCUGACUGAGUCUAAAAAUGCACUUCAGAACAAGCAUGAUGAAGAUGUAAAGCUGAUCAAAUCACUGCAGAUAAAUAUGCGCGGAGAGACAAACUCGAAGAAUGAGCUAAACUCACAAAAACAGCAAUUAGAAGACGAUAAAAGAAAACUGCAGUCUCAACUUUUACAUCUUGAACAAAACUGUGGUAAGUGCUUGCCCAACUGGAUGCUUAUGAACAGCACAUGCUUUUACUUUGCUGUUUCUGCAUCGACUCCACGCAAAAGCUGGAAUGCAAGCAGGAAUGAGUGCAAGAAAGAAGGAGCUGACUUAGUCGUCAUAGACUCAAAGGAGAAACAGGAAUUCAUUGUUAAGAGCUUAAAAACUCUUCGGUACAAUCUACGAUUCAGUUAUAAUAAUGGGUUUUGGAUCGGACUGAAGGACGACCAUACAGAAGGGAUCUGGAAAUGGCUGAAUGAGACCACACUGACCGAAGGGUACUGGAUGGACGGGGAGCCUAAUGAUGACAAGGCCAUGGAAGAUUGUGCAGGUGUGUAUCCUACCAAUAAUCCAAUGAAGUCCUGGAAUGAUGCACCAUGUUCAUAUCCACUAAAAUGGAUCUGUGAGAAGGAAAUAGAUAACACACUUCCAUUUGUGCCCAGCAAUUACAGUAUGAGUUAAUCAAAAAUGAUUUAAAAUAUUUUCAUCAUUAUUGCUACAUAAGACAUCAUAAAUUAAUAAAAAGUUCAACACAAAUCACAGAACUACACAAAAUUACCUGGGACAUGACAUAAAGUGCACAUGUUUGAUAUUUAGUGCAAAAGAAACAGUAAGAUGGUACACGCUGUGGCACUGCAGCACCAACCAGUACAGAAGAUAUAUGAGAAGAUAUGUGGAAAAUAAUAGUCCAUAAAUAGUCUGGCAAUUUGUGCAAAACAGCAAUUAUUGCUAUACUUGUUGUAUACUUGUUAUAUUAUCUUCUUUCACUUUUUACUGCACAUUGAAUAUAGAAUAACGAUAAAGAUCUGUACUUGACCAUGUUUAAGAGAGAAAAUAAAAUAUCCUUGCACUGUGCUAAUAUUUGCAAUUCUGGGUGAUGCUGAUCUAUCUAUCUAUCUAUCUAUCUAUCUAUCUAUCUAUCUAUCUAU